GGGGUAACAGUCGUAAGUAAGUAAGAUCAGUUAGAGUAUGAAAGUAUAGAUGGUAGAUGAAUCAUUGUAUCAAUCAACAGUUGUUCCAAAUAAUUAUUUGCUUACAAACGAUUAACCUCGAUUUUGGUUGUAUAUACGUAUUAUUACAGAUACCCGAUGAUGUCAACGUAUUGGACAAUGAAUCAUACGCACCGGUUACAUCUUCAGUAAUGACAAUACCUUACAAUUUAAAUCUAAACUGGGUAUCACCAAUUAUCACUGCUUUAUCUAUGUCGGCAAGUCCAUCCAUUUUAAAUUUAACCUCAGAUUUAUCACAUUCAAUAUCAUCUUCACAAAUAGGAACUUCAUCAUCAUCACCAUCAUCAUUAUUAAUGUCUUGUUUUCCACAAAUAGCGACAAAAGUAAGAGCUUCAUCAUGUUUCCCACUUGGACGUCAUUCAGACAAUGUAUCAUUGUUAUCCCCUACUUACCUACAGACAAAUAUAAAUGCUGACAAUUUGAUCAAUCAUGAUCAAGAUGAUGAUAAACCGUUAGAUUUAACUUUGAAAUCAUUCACAACAGUAAAAUCUAGUGAAUUGACUGAAAAGAAGUUGGAUAAUGAAAAUUCUAAAAUUCCUUGUAGACGGAAAUCAAGUAGAACACAUACACAAACAAAGACAACAUCGUCCAUAAAUACGAAAACAACAAAAAAAUCAGAAAAACUCAAUCAAUCAAAUCAAGACACUCAGACGAAUCGUCAAAUUGAAAUUAUUCAACAGUCAGAAAGUAUCACAUCCUCGUCUAUAAAUACUAUAAAUGGGGUAGAAUUAUGUCAGAAUAACUGGAUUGGAGAUAUUCAAGAUUUAAUACAAACAAAUGAAUCUGAUCAGAAACGUCCAAGAUCAACAUCUAGUCGCAGACCAUUUAAAGCAUUUGGUAAUACAGUUCCAUCAAUUUCUACAGAAAUUUUAUUGAAAUCAUCCAAACUUAUUGAUCCUUUAUUACUGGUGAAUACUAUUGAUAAAUCAGAAAAGGAUAAUGAUUCCAAAUCUAUAGAACAUACUGAACAGAAAACUAUAUCAAUUACACCGCCUCAUUCACCAACACCAAUGAUUUCUAUUCCUACAACAAAUGGGAAUAAUUCCAGACGUAAACCAUUUGUUAAAAUAAAAUCACGUAGAUCACAAAGUGCUUCACCAUUAAAUCAAAUUGAAAAUAUUAAUGACAAUAAUAAAACGACAACAGUUGACAAGACAAAAUCUUUGGAAACUCUUUGCAAACACGACAAAUCUGUUGUUUUACUCCCAACAACAACAACAACAACAACAACGACGACGACGACAACGGCACAAUCAAUCAGAUCUAUUUCAUCAACACCUAGUUGUUAUUCUAGUUACUCCGAGUUAAUCGAUGCCAAUAAUAAUAAUAAUAAUAGUACUGCUAAUAAUAAUAAUGAUUCAACAAAUAUUAUACAAACUGAUUGUAAUCCACGUAUGAGACGUUUUCCAGAAAUGACACCAUCUGAAGUAAAAGAUAAAGCUUACUGGGAGAAAAGAGUUAAAAAUAAUGAAGCAGCAAGACGUUCACGUAGAGCUAGAAAAACUAAAGAAUUAAGUUUAAAAAAAUAUGCUGAUAAUUUAGAAAAAGUGAAUUUAAAAUUAAUUGAAGAAAUUGAUUUAUUAAAACAAGAAAUUUUACAUUUAAAAGCUGAAAAAAAUAAAGAAAAACUUACUUAG